AUUUUGUGUGUAUUUUUAUAUACCUUCUAAGUGAAAGUUAAUGUUGAUAAUAGUAUUUUUCACAAUAAACAAUUUCAUUAAUAUACUAAGACUUAUAAAUAAGUGAAAUUUUAGGUAAUUUUUAAAUAACAAGAUAUAGACAUGGACCAAACCACAACUGAAGGUCAGAGCAGAAGGAGGUGACGGGAGAGUCUGUCAGUGGGCACCUGGGUCUUUCGUUACAUGCCUGCCAGACUGUCUUUUAAACCUGUUGCCAGUAACUCCAGCAACAGCAUGUUCAUUGUCAGUUUCCACUGCUCCUAUAAAAACAUUUAGCAUACAUUUAGAUGUAAGAAUUAUGUAUCUAAAUAACACAUUUUUGUUUUGCUUUCGGUAUUCCGUCCAAAGAAGUGCAUUUGAUCGCUGUGCCGGCCUGUCCCAGUCUGGUGGCACUUUUCCCCUUGCUAAUGGUUCCAACCUCACCCUUUUGGUAAGGCAGCUUCUGUUUUUUUACAGACAGAAUGAAGACUCAAAACGUUUGAUAUGGCUGUAUCAAAACUUAAUUAAACACAGUGCACUGUUUGUCAAGCAGUUGGAUGGAUCAGAGAGACUUACAUGCCUAUUUCAAAUCAAGAGGUUGAUGAGCCUGUGUUGCAGGUUGCUGCAAAACUGUAAUGAUGACAGUUUGAAUGUUGCACUUCCGAUGAGAAUGCUUGAGGUAUUUUCAUCUGAGAAUACUUACAUGCCUGUUUUACAAGAUGCCAAUUAUGUGGUGUCAGUAAUUGCACAAACUUUGCACUACGUGAUUCAAAAUGGCAACAGGUCUUCACAGCCUUCACGGGGGAGUUUCUGGCGGCGCCUUUCACAGAUCAGAUCUUUCAUUUCAUCGUCCCGGCGUUGGCAGAUGCACAGACCGUCUUCCCUUACGAGCCCUUCCUGCGGUCACUGUUGUUGGCAGAGCGGAGGUGCUCAGAGAAGAGCGGUGGAGCACCGUGGCUUUUCUAUUUUGUUUUAACUGUUGGUGAAAAUUAUUUGGGUAUGAAAUACAAAACACAUUUUACCUGAACUCACGUGUAGCUUGGAUUAGCAGAUCAGUCAUAAGCUCACGCAAGGGUGUGUGUCACAUAAAGAUAGUUUCUGGGGUAGGCAUCUCUUGGAAGAGGGUAUUUGCUGAAGGACUGUGGUCUGGACAGUGUCCCUGAGUAAAGUUUCCAGAUGCAGCAAAAAGUCUGUUUUAGAUACAUGUUUAAAAGGCCACACAGAUUACAAGAGAUAGCAGUUAAAUGGGAGAACUCUUCUGUGAGAGUUUCUGUCCCCCCACUUGGUGUUGCGCUUCCAGUGUGCCUGUUCUAGAAUGAUAGCAUCUUUCUUUAGUAUAUUUUAAUACAACAUAUAUAUGGACAUGAAGUGUUAGGAUAAAGAGAUACAAGAGAGAACAAACUUUUUCUUACUCUCACAUUCAACGUGGCAUACUUCUGUGACCAGGUAUGUGGGGGUUUUCUCCACACAAUGAACAUUUGCCAAGUGGAUACCAACUAGAUAUCUUAUAAUUCAAGUCAGCUCUGAUGCUGUCCACCUGGACAUGGGCUCAGAUGGCCAAUUGCAUGCAUUAACAGAAGGUCGUCACGUGUAUUUCUGACCAACUAGCAAAAGUCGAGGUUCCUGCAACCUGUAUUUGGGUUGGAUAAUUUACUAGGACAGCUCACAGAACUCAGGGAAACACUUUACUUAUAAUUGCCAGUCUAUUGUAAUGGAUCUUAUAAGGAACAGGUGAACAGCAAGAGGACAAAAUGCACAGGGCAGUGUUCUUGGGAAGGGGCCUGGGUGGAGCUUGGCACCCUCUGGGCACGCCACCUUCCCAGCCCUCCACGUGUUCAGCAGUCCACAAAGUGGUUGAGUCUUGUUCAAGAGUUUUACAGAGCUUAGUCCCCAGUCCCCCCAGCCCUGGGAGGUUGGUGCGUGGGGCUGAAAGUUGCAGUCCUCUCUCACUUGGUCUUUCUGGCAACCAGCCCCAUCCCGAGGCCAUCUAGGGGGCCUCGCCUAAGUCACUACUGGAGCAGACGCUCAGGUACGAUCAAAACUGGCUGGCUGGGAAUAAGAAAAGACAUUCCUUUCUUUUAGGAAAUUCCAAGAAAUUCUAAAAAUGCUCUGUGGCAUAAACAGGCACAAAGACCAAAUGCAUUUCAUACUGUACGGCAGUAAGUUCUUUGGAUAUGAGGCAAAAAUGAUGCCCAGGUUUUCCAUUUUAACUAAACUGUGUCUAAACUGAUUGUUGUACGAAGGGGCGCUGUCUGAGGAAGGCCUGCUGGUGUAUUUGCGAGUGCUGCAGACCUUCCUUCCUCAGCUGCCAGUGUCGCCGGCCAACGCCAGCU